AUGAAUAGUGAGCAGAGGAACAAUUUGAAGAAGUUCUCGUUUCUCGGGUUCCACAACAGGAGCUCCUUGAAGAAUAAUGGCGGACAAAAUGGCGGCGAGCUCCAGUUGGACGAGGAGUGCGCCAAAGUGUUCGCAAUGGAAAGCGACUCCAUCGGCUUCGACUUCCACGAUACGCCGUUCACCGGCCAGCCGAAGUUCGACGAAAAGGACUACGAAGAACAUCGACAAGACUACCCGCACGUGCACGCUCCGCUCAAGAUCAGCUCCAAGUCGAUGAAACGCCGCCUGUCGUCGGCCCCGUGGGGCUCCGUGACGGAGUCCCCGACGCUCGAGCUCAAAUCGCCCGACGUCGACGAUCCCAACUUCGGCCCGCCGGCGGACGAGCCGAACUCCGAUUCGGAGCCCGAAUGCGUGCUGUCCGAUCCGUGCCUGCACCAGGACAACACCGACGACGACGACGACGAGGACGAGCGCGACCGCAAGGUGUCGUUCGUGCGCGCCGAAAACGCCGAUCAAUUCGACGCCGAAGGGCUCAAAGAGAAGAGGAAACGACGCCAUCAUCACGGGCACCGCGCCAAGUUCCGCAAGUACUCGCUGCCCGCCGACUCCUCCGCCAAGCUAUGGGAACCGUCCGCGGCGCUCGCCAAAGCUCGCAGGGUGUCCACCCAACCGGAGGACCGGGAACUCGCGCCCAACGAUCGCGAUCAAUUGGACAGCCACAGGUCCGACGAUCCGAGGGCCCUUCGAAGGCACAAAACGCACAAGGGUACGACGAUGCACGUGGGCAAAGGGGCCGAUUUGCAUCCGUUCCUCAAGAAGCUCUACGAUCACAGUCCGCACGCCAUAUUCGUGGAAUUGGCCGAGUACUUCGAGGACGCGGACGUCAGCGAAUGGAAGCAGACCGCCCGCUGGAUCAAGUACGAGGAGGACGUCGAAGAGGGCGUCGACAGAUGGGGCAAGCCCCACGUGGCCUCGCUCAGCUUCCAUUCGUUGCUGAACCUGCGCCGGUGCCUCGAAGAGGGCGUCGUCAUUCUGGAUAUGGAGGAGAAGGAUCUACCGGGAAUCGCUUACAGAAUAUCCGAGGAUUUGUACAAGGAGGACCUGAUCAAAGAGGAGGACAAGGCCAGGGUGAUGAGAACUUUAUUGUUACGUCAUCGACACGUCAAUUGUCAUCAGAGUUCCGGCUUCCGGUUCGCCAAUAAGAAGCACAGUUACACGUCCUUGCAGUCCGUCUGGUUGGAAGAUGGCGUCGACGCCGCCUACUUGACGUCGUUGUCCCGUUGUUCGUUGUGCUCGCAGCACGGCCAACUGCGCAAGGCGACCUCUCUCGUCAGAGGCUACUCCUUUCCGCACAACCUGUUCGAAGUGGAGAAGCGCAAGAUCAGCCUCACCGUCGACGCCGCCUCGCUGAAGAACGGCGGCGAUUGCGCGCAGGACGCGCUCCUCAAGCCGCACGAUCCGUCCCACCACCACCAUCACCAUCAGCAUCACCAGCACGUGGUCGAUCUGAAGGAGGACCAGCUGCAGGGCAGCUGCGAGGACGUGCGCCGCGGCCACCAGGACGCCAUCAUCAAGCGCAUACCGGCCGGGGCGCAGGGCUCCACCGUGCUCGUCGGCGAGGUGGACUUCCUCGACGCGCCGGCCAUCGCCUUCAUACGGCUCGCCGAGGGCGUCGUGGUGCCCUCGCUCAUCGAGGUCGAUAUACCGCUGAGGUUCAUCUUCCUGUUGCUGGGCCCCAAAUUGCCGAACAUCGAUUACCACGAGGUGGGCCGGUCGAUAUCGACGUUGUUCUCCAACCAGCAAUUCCACAGCAUCGCCUUCAAGGCGGAGACGCGCAAGGAGCUGUUAUCGGCGAUCAACGAGUUCCUCGACGACAGCAUCGUCCUGCCUCCGGGCGAUUGGGAGCGCCAGGCGCUGCUGCCCAUCGAGGAGAUCAAGGCGAAGAGCGACGCCAUCAAGCGGCGCAAGGAGAACGCGCUGCGGAAGGCGCGCGAGGCCCAGGGCAUCGUCUCCAAGCCCUUACUGGCGCAGGACGGGGACGAGAAGAAACCGCCGGCGGACGAUCCGUUGACGCGCACGCGCCGACCCUGGGGAGGGCUCAUCAAGGACCUGAAACGUCGUUAUCCCUUUUACAAGAGCGACAUCACCGACGGGUUGAACGUGCAAUGCAUCGCUGCCACUAUUUUUAUGUACUUUGCAGCCGUUUCUGGCGCGAUAGCCUUCGGCGGCCUGACCGGCGACAAGACCGACAGCCUCAUCGGCAUCUCGGAGACGCUCCUCUGCACGAGCGUCAGCGGCGUCAUCUUCGCCCUGCUGGCCGCCCAGCCGCUCGUCAUCGUCGGCACCACCGGCGCCCUGCUCCUCUUCGACGAGAGCCUCUUCCAGUUCUGCGAGGCCAACGGCCUCAGUUUCCUGGCGACGCGCGUCUACGUCGGCCUCUGGCUGAGCGUCAUCGGCGUCGCCAUAGCCGCCUUCGAGGGCAGCGUGCUGGUCAAGCUGUUCACGCGCUUCACCGAGGACAUCUUCUCCACGCUGAUCGUGCUCAUCUACAUACUGGAGAGCGUCGAGAAGGUGUGCAUCGCCUUCCAGAAGCACCGGUUGUUGGCGAACUAUUGCACCGGAAACACCACGAAUGUCACCGUGGAAUCGAUCGCGAUCGAUGCGGAUCUAUCGAAUCAGCCCAACACCGCGUUGUUUUGCAUGAUACUCACGUUGGGCACGUUCGCGAUCGCCUACUAUCUGAGGAUGUUCCGGAACAGCCAGUUUUUAGGCAGGAGCGCGAGAAGAGCGCUGGGCGAUUUCGGUGUGCCCAUCGCCAUCGUGGUGAUGGUCGCCGUCGAUUACGCCGUGCCGCAGAUCUACACCGAGAAGCUGAACGUGCCGGUGGAGGGGCUGGCGCCGUCGGCGCCGCGACGCCGCGGUUGGGUCAUAUCGCCGCGCGGCGUGCCGCUUUGGAUCGCUUUCGCGGCCGUCGUGCCCGCCGUGCUCGUCUACAUACUGCUCUUCAUGGAGACCCAGAUAUCAGAGUUGAUAAUAGGCAAACCGGAGCGAAAGCUGAAGAAGGGCUGCGGCCUCCACCUGGACAUCGUCCUCAUAUGUCUCAUCAACGUGCUGUGCGGCUUCUUCGGCUUCCCGUGGAUGUGCGCCGCAGCCGUCAGAUCGAUCGUUCACACGUCAGCCCUGACGGUCAUGUCCAGGACGCAUGCGCCCGGCGAGAAACCGCAUCUCAUCGAGACCAAGGAGCAGCGAUUGUCGGCCCUGUUCGUCGCCAUUUUUAUCGGUUUGUCAGUGUUUAUGGCUCCUUUAUUGAAGCUGGUGCCUAUGGCUGUGGUGUUGGGAAUAUUCCUGUAUAUGGGGGUGGCCUCCGUCGAUGGUAUACAGUUCUUUGACAGGACAAAGUUGCUGUUUAUGCCUGUCAAACAUCAUCCUCAGGCGUCGUACGUCAGAAAGGUAAAAACGAUGAAAAUGCACCUGUUUACGUUCAUCCAAUUGAUCUGCCUGGUGGUGUUGUGGGUCAUCAAAUCGACGAAGGCGUCGCUGGCUUUUCCGUUUUUCCUGCUUCUGUUGGUACCACUGCGGUCGCAGUUGCCUAAAUUGUUCUCCCAAAGAGAACUCAGAGCGUUGGACGGCGAUCAGGCCGACGUCGACGACCAGGAGCCCGAUUUCUACGCGCAGGCGCCUCUACCUGGCUAA